UAUUAUGACAUAUUGUUCAUGUUUGUCACAUCUGAAAUGCCACCCCCCUUCCUUUUUUCAGGCUGUGUUGGUUGAAGAAACCAGAGAGAAUAGUUCCUCGACUAUAGAGCUUGUGAGAUGUAAGCUGACUUUGUUCUAUGAUUAUUGGCAGAUGAAUGAGAUCUUGGAGACCCUGCUACCAGAGGGCAUGAUUAUCCCUUCAGCCUUUGAGACGGUUGGUCAUAUUGCACACUUGAACCUGAAAGAUGAACAUCUACCAUACAAGAACGUUAUAGCGAAGGUGGUUCUGGACAAAAAGAAGCCAAAAAUACAAACAGUUGUAAAUAAGAUUGACGUCAUUCAAAAUGACUACCGAAAAAUGCAGCUUGAGGUGUUAGCCGGGAAUCACUCCUUGGUGACUACAGUAGUUGAGAAUGGACUGCGAUUUCGUGUUGAUUUAGCAAAAGUUUAUUGGAACUCAAGGCUUGGAACUGAGAGGCAGAGGCUUCUGAGUGGCUUCGAUCGCAAUGAUGUCAUAUGUGAUGUAUUCUCUGGGGGUCCGAUUGCUAUAUCUGCCGCUAAGAUAGUAAAACGUGUUUAUGCUAAUGAUUUGAACCCUUUUGCGGUUGAAUAUCUUGUUAGAAAUAUAUGCUUUUAUACGAAGAAUCGUGUCCUGGAGUUUGUGAAGAGCAACAAAGGGAGGAAACCUAAUGGGAAAGCCCCACACCCAAAGAAACAGCCACAAAGAGGCAUGGGAGUUGCCCAACUCGAACAUUUAAGGAAAAUGAAUGAAACCAGAACCAUAACGGCAAUAACCCAGUUCCCUUGUGAAAGUAGAGGAGGAGGAGCGGCUGGGAAUGUUCCCUUGUUUCACGGUAUAGUUAGCUAUGGUGUUCUGUUG